CAGACUAUUUCACAAUAACAUUAAAAUCAGAUAUGAAAUGUACAUUUACUUCCAUACAGAAAAUUGGUGUUAACACAAAAAUGUCUGUAUUCAUACUUUGUUUAGUUUUCUCCUUAUUUAUUUUCUCUCAAGCAAAGAUCGACACAGAAUCUGAUGAUAUGGAAAUUGAGCGUAUAUCCCGUAAGAACAUGUACCGUACAGAGUGGCAGUACGAGGGUCUACCCAUUGAGUUUCCAUCACGAAGGUCAAACGCCAACAAAACCAGAGACAAAAUUACUGAUACCACGAAACAAACACACACACUAGACCGUCGCUACCGAAGGAUCUACAACGCAGAUGAGGUAGCAACCGUUGAAGACUACCCUUUCCUCGCAGCUUUGCUCGUCAAUAGACAGCUGUGGUGCGGUGCGGUCAUCAUUGACACUGAUAAAGUGCUGACUGCUGCUCAUUGCUUGCAGUUGCAGUACAACAACCGCUUCUUCCGUGAAUACGUCAAGAUGCUGUCUAUCCGAGUUGGUUCCUCCAACGCGACUGCUGGUGGCGACGUCUACCACGUCUCCGAGAUAUUCUUCCACCCCAACUACAAACCAAAUACCCUGGAAUUCAACUUUGCGGUUAUAAAACUGGACAGGAAUAUAUCCUAUGAGAAAUUGGACACGAAAGUCGCGAAGAUUGAUUAUGAAGCUGAUAAACUGGUGCCUACUGAUGCUGUGAUCACAUUUCUUGGUUGGGGCUCUGUUCUGGGUGUCGGUGGAUUGGGCGGUCAAGUGCUAUUACAGAAGCUUGAAUUACCGGUCUAUGAUAUAGCCGACUGCCAGGAGAUAUAUGGAAGGGAUCUGGUGCAUUCACGUACAAACUUCUGCGCAGGAUAUAUAACAAAAGCUAAAAACGUUUGCAACCAUGACGCGGGCGGUCCAGCAAUCCAAGAUGGCGUCCUAGUUGGAAUCCUGUCAUUUUCCGCCAAACGCUGUGACCUGCCAUACCAACCAGCUGUGUUCUCAGCGGUCGGAUCGGUUGCUUCUUGGUUGGAUACGAUUGGCGAACAUACUGUUAAGCUUAUGAACACCGAACUGAAGUACCCAGACUGGACCAACAAACAGGAAUAAAAUAAAAUAACUAAUAGUACAUUAAUAAUAUAUUUCCUCUAAUACUGUACACAUCGCAAUCACUUUAGACUACUUUGUAACAAGAAAUAAAUAAAAACAUUCCAAAUUUAUUUUAAA